AUGUAUGGAGGAAAGCCGCUUGUUCUAGACGGCGGGCUUGGUAUCCAGUUGGAAACAUUGGCGGAAAAACGAAAUUUUGCCGUUAAAAAUGAUCCUUUGUGGUCUGGAAGAGCACUUAUAGAGGCACCAGAUCUUAUUGAAGAUGUUCACAAAAGCUUCUUGGAGGCAGGAUGCGAUAUUGUAACAACGAGCACAUACCAAAUUUCUCGCGCGAGUUUGAAAAAAUACACCGAUUUUACUGAUGCGCAAAUAGAGGAGUUAUGGGCCAAAUCUGUCGAUGUUUGCUGGCAGGCAUGUAAGUUCCAUGAGUCCAAGGCUCGAGUAUGUGGAGCUAUUGGACCAUAUGGUGGUUUUUUGGCCAACUAUGCCGAAUAUACUGGUGAAUAUGGUUUGAUCACAAACCACAAAUUGGAACAGUAUCAUCUUCCUCUCGCUACAUUCUUGAAUAACAACCCCAAAGUCGACAUCCUAGCAUUCGAAACAAUUCCCAACUACAAAGAACUAAAGGUCAUUGUGAAUCUUGUUUGUAAAAUGUCAGCUACAGGACCUCUUAAGCCAUUUUACCUCAGCAUGAACUUUCGAAAUUCUUCACAAAUGUCUGACGGAACACCCAUUGAAAAGAUUAUGGGUUAUCUAAACGGUAAAUUGAACAAAAAUAGGACUUUACGCAAACGCUUGAUUGCAAUUGGUUGCAAUUGUACGGAAUUGAAAGAUGCUACACAUGUAUUGAAAAAUAUCGAAACCUACAAUUAUCACAAUAUUCCAACAAUCGUUUACCCCAAUGUUUUCGCUGACCAUAAUGACACGAAAAUUGAUCAAAAAUGGCUGCAACUGGUAGAUGAAUGGUUGAAAAUUGGCGCCUCGAUCAUUGGUGGCUGCUGUGGAACAGGUCCCAAACAGAUUGCCCAAAUAAGAUUUAAAGUUGAUCAUAUGAUAUAUUGA